ACGCGAGCGUGAUUAACUGUCAUUACUCACUUCUUGCCCUUUGGGUGCGAGGGAAGUUGAUUCAUCCGGCAUCUUAGUAUUGUGUCUAAUUUUGGAAUCAGAUCUUUAUUAGUAAUUAAACUGCUAGUGGUGGUUGAUUGUUUAAAUCGCGAUCUAAUACAGCGGGCGAUGGCUAACAAUGGUAAUAAUCAACGAAUUGACGAGGAACACGGCAAGGCGUCCGGUGAGGAGGAUUCCGAAAAAGAGGUGCCGGAAAUCGAGGAUGAAAAACCGGGGGAAAUAUUGAUUAUCGAUCCGGAUACCGAGGAAGUGGAUCUGAAUCAUUCUCGUUUGACAAAGUUGGAGAAUUUAGAACCACUGACUAAAGUUAAACGUUUAUGUUUCACGUGGAACUUGAUAAAGAAGAUUGAAAACUUACAUACUUUAACUACACUAGUUGAACUGGAAUUGCGCGAUAAUCAAAUUACCGUUAUAGAGAAUUUAGAUGCGCUUGUUAAUCUCCAAGUCCUGGAUCUUUCGUUUAAUCGUAUUAAGAAAUUGGAGGGUUUGGAUAAUUUGACCAAAUUAGAUAAGCUGUUCCUUUCAUCGAAUAGAUUAUCCGAAAUUGAGAAUUUAUCUCACCUGAAAAAUCUUAUCAUUCUUGAACUGGGUGAUAACAAAAUAAGAGAAAUUAAAAAUCUAGACGGGUUGAACAACCUGACGAAUUUAUUUUUCGGUAAGAACAAAAUUACCACAAUACAAAAUCUCGAAAAUUUGACAAAUCUCAAAGUAAUCAGUCUGCAAGACAACCGUCUUACAAAAAUUGAAAAUUUGCAAACUCUAACCAAACUGGAGCAGCUCUACUUGUCAGAAAAUGGCUUAACAUGCAUCCAAGGCUUGGAUAAUUGCCCAGAUAUAACAACACUUGAUGUUGCUAAUAACAGAAUUAAAAAAAUUCAAAACAUUGACCAUUUGAAUAACCUCGAAGAUUUUUGGAUGAACGAUAAUCACGUAGAGGAUUGGGCUACUGUGGAAAAUUUGACAGCUAAUAAAAAACUCCAAACAGUGUACCUGGAGAGGAAUCCUAUAGCGAAAGAUCCGAAUUAUAGACGGAAAAUGAAACUUUUACUACCUUGGCUUCCACAAUUGGAUGCGACACUAUGUAGAUGAGAAAGUAAUCACUGUGAUUAAAUCAUUGAGGGUUUC